AUGGACAUGAACCUGACGCGUCCGGACAACGCCACGCUCCUGGCGCUGCGGGACCCGGCCAUCGCGGUGGUCCUGCCGGUGGUGUACUCGCUGGUGGCGCUGAUAAGUAUCCCGGGCAACUCGUUCUCCCUGUGGGUGCUGUGCCGCCACAUGGGACCCAAGACACCCUCGGUCAUUUUCAUGAUGAACCUGAGCGUCACGGACCUGAUGCUGGCCUGCGUGCUGCCCUUUCAGAUCUACUACCACUGCAACGGCAACCACUGGGUGUUCGGCGAGCUGCUGUGCAACGUGGUGACCGUGGCCUUCUACGCAAACAUGUACUCCUCCAUCCUCACCAUGACCUGCAUCAGCGUGGACCGCUUCCUGGGCGUCGUGUACCCGCUGGCCUCCGCCCGCUGGCGCUGCCGCCGCUACGCCGUGGCUGCCUGCGCGGGCACGUGGCUUCUGCUCCUGGCCGCCCUGUCGCCGCUGGCCCGCACGGACCUCACCUACGCCGUGGAGGUGCUGGGCAUCGUCACCUGCUUUGACGUGCUCAAGUCCAGCAUGCUGCCCAGCGUGGCCAUGUGGGCGGCGUUCCUCCUCACCCUGUUCGUCGUGCUCUUCCUUGUUCCCUUCGUGGUCACCGUGGCCUGCUACACGGCCACUAUCCUCACGCUGCUGCGCUCGGCCGACCGCCACGGGGAGGCCCGGAGGUCACGCGCCGUCUGCCUGGCGGCCGUGGUGCUCCUGGCCUUCGUCACCUGCUUCGCGCCCAACAACUUCGUGCUGCUGGUGCACGUGGUCAGUCGGCUCUUCUUUGGCCGCAGCUACUACCACGUGUACAAGCUCACGCUCUGCCUCAGCUGCCUGAACAACUGCCUGGACCCCUUCGUCUACUACUUUGCGUCCCGCGAGUUCCAGCUCCACAUGCGGCACUACUUGGGCUACAGGCCCCUGCCCACCGGCAGCCCCGACGGGCACCUCGAGAGCCUCGGCUCUGGACGCACGCUGUCCGUGCGCUCCGUGGAGGGGCUGGACGCCGCCGGCCGGCCCAGCGUCAAGCGGCAGGAGAGCGUGUUCUGA